CGCUUCGCACGGCCGGAGUUGCUUGCCACCCCACAAUGAGGCGAAGCAUAUGCCGCCGCCACACAACAAUUCACCUGCCUGACCGGCCUCACUAUGCCGACAGUUAAGCAGCGCUGCCGCCGCUACGACUUCGCUGUUUCGGGUUAUAACUCAGCUGGUGGAGCUUCGUGCGACCAACGACACCGUUUGGGCAGUCAGUGAAUUCAACGAACCGGCGGUAAGCACAACGCGAAGCGGACAAAGUGGAAAUAAUAAGGUCGCCAGAUAAAUAAAGUGAAAGUGGAAACAAAAACAACAAAAUAAAUACAAUUAAAAACAAAAUAAAAAGUGUUGGAAUUUUAAUGGUGACACAGGUGAAUACGCUGGUAGGAUAUUUGGUGGCUUGUACAGCGCGAUCACUUUGUUAUUGUUUUCACAUUUAUAUGUGCCACAUGAAGAAAAAUAUUCAUAUCAAGCAAGGAACGAAAAGAAAAGUGAAACGUUGUGACAAAAUGUGAGAUAAUGAACAAAUAACCGAAAACGAACAAAAAAUUAUAUCCGGCAAAUAAAAUACUAACUGAAAACUUUAGUGCAUUUCAAAAACUAAGAAAACUAAAUUUCAAACGAAAACUUAAAUGACAAAACUGAAAUAUUGCGCUACAAUAAAAAAAGCUAUAAAAAAGUUGAGCAGCCGCAGAAGACCGCAUCCGACGGAGGAUGAAAUGCCACACAUCAAUUACUCGUAAAACGACAAUUUCUAUGAAGACUGAUUUUGUUUAGUUAGAAACUAACAGAUAUACGAAACAACUGUGUAACGCACACAACUACGAAGACGCCUAGCAGUGCACACAACUAAAGGCGAACUCACAGCUCACAAUAUGGAAAGCAGCGACAGACUGCUCUAUCGCAAGCGUUGUAGUACCAGCAUCGGCAGCAGUUGUACGAUGGAUCAGAAAAUUCUAGUGCUGAUGGCAGUCGUGAUUGCAAAUGCCUGUAUAGCGGGCACCAUACCCGCCACACCCGAAAACAUCACCGUCACCUUCCUCACGCCCACAACGGUGCGCGUCUCCUGGCAAACGAUGAUCGAUUUGAAUGCGCAUCCAAUCGAGAAGUAUAUCGUGACAUACAAGCCGACAGAUGACAGUUACAGGGUUGUCCAGGAUGUCGCCGGCAAUAGUGAGGCAAUCAUUUUAGAUCGUCUAUCGCCCAGCACACAGUACUCGAUAGCGGUGACGGCCAUUUGGCUUGGCAAGAAGUAUCGCAGCAGACAGAUCAUAUUUCGUACAUUGGAUAUGCCCAAGACAUCGUCACAGCAGGACUACGCGCCCGGACACACGGCCGGCGCGCUGGGAAGCCAAAACAGCGUUGGCAAUGUUAAUGCGGGUAUCGCCGGAGGUGGUGCGCCUGGUGCGGCCGGUGGAAGUGGUGUGGGGGUUGCUGGCACCGGGCUUAUCGGCGGCAAUCUGGCUAGCGCAGCGGCAGCAGCGAACGGUAAUGGCACGUAUGGAGACGAUGUAACGUCAACAGUGACGAAUACAAUGGCGCAACGGCCACGUGAAUUGCCAACGAUACGCGGCGUUGAAAUCGGCAUUGUGCUUAUUGUUUUGAUGGUGUGGGCUGGUGCUAUAGCGCUAUUCUUCAAUCGUUGGGGCAAAAUUCGCAUGCUGUUGCCCUAUCAACCGGACUACAAGCACGAACAGCUGAAGGUACCCGGCACCGGGGUGUGCACUGGCGCUGGCUGCAACGGCCAACAUUCGCAUCAGAACCUACACCCAGAUAUAUUCGUAAAGUCGAAAUCGAAAGCGGGUGGCGGUAUCAGCGGCGGCUGCGGAGUCGAUCACAAGCUGAGGCAGAAGCGUUUCACUCAACAGCGGAGUAUAUUGAAGAAUUCAACAGAGCGUUCAAGCAAUCAGGAUGAGCAGGAACUGCUGGAGGCCAAAAAGCAAUUGAUAUUGCGGCGACGACGGCUCUUCAGCCACUACCGUCAGUACGAGCAGUGGCGUCGGCGCCAAUUCAGCUACGAUCCGUGCUACUAUCGCGCCAUACCGCUGCCAAUCGGCCAGGCGUCGACCACCAACUAUGCUGGCGGUUACAGCGGUCAGGGUCAGGGCGCAUUCCGACGCCGCCGCCAGUACAGGCGGCAGUACUCGUGUGCCGAACGUGAGGAUUCGCGCGAGAGUCGUGAGUCGUCGUCGCUGCAUCGUUACAAGGGCGUCAGUGUGAUGGCUAGCGAAUCAUUCAAUACCGAUAGCGCUAACUAUAUUAACUAUGAACAACAAGAACAAUCACAUCAACGGUCACAACACCCGCAACAGCAACUGCAACAGCGUGAAGAUUCAAUCGAACCCUACUCAACAGUGGGACGUCGCAGUCAUUUCCACAUGUUGCACGAGGAGCGCUCUGCCUCCAUUUCGGAACGAUGCACACGUAGUCGCAUCAAUUCGGCCAUAUUUGUGUCGUCCGAGGGCAGAGGAUUUGAUUCAAUCGAAUUUCUGCGUCGUCAUGGUUCGCAGAGUGUGCUGUGUCGGAAGGCACGCAGCGCCGAGAACAUCACCGACAAUGAGCGCAAGAAAAGUUUCUCCGACAAUAAGGGUUCGUGGCGCAACGAAGGGCACAAUGACAGCGAUCCGAAUGCAUCGAACCGGAGACAAGACGAUAUGGAUGGCAGCGCCAUUGAGCUACGCGAAUGCCGUCCCAAUGCCAACAAUUGCAGUGCAGGCUGCUGCGCCGAGUCGCGAACUCUCUCCGUGCUCACUACCAACACCAGCUGCGAUCAUCCAUCCACGUCGGCGGCCGCAGCGGCUUCAAUGGCCGCCACAAAUGUGGUUGUGGGCAGCAUUUCAAUUGAAACGCCACCAUCCCACAUCAAAGAUGAACUGCACAACAGCACAGCCAGCAUCGCAGCCACAACCACCGCCAUCGUCGCUUUGCAGAAUGGUGAGAAGAGACAGCGUCCAAACAACUUUGCGGGCAUGUCAACGAAGACUUCCGUCUCGCGAGAUUCCAACGACACUGUCGAGGAGUUAGUACUCGUGCCAACCGUCGCGGCCACGGCGGUGCCGUUGCCAGAGAUAGCCAUAACAAACCGUUCGCGUACGCUUGUGCGUCAGCGUUCCUCAACCGUCUCCAUUUCACCGCACCGCAGUCCCAAGACGCUAGCGCUAAAGCAUGCCAAACCGAAGAUCGCAGCGUUACCAAUGGUUUCGGUGUCGGGUCCAUCACCACCGCACGAGAAACCGCCGCCACAACCGCAAACGGAGUAUUUGUAACAAAUGGCAGCCGAAACAUUUAUUUAAGUAUAAGUGAAUGCAACGUUGACAUGGAAGAUGGGAGGCAUAUAUGAAGAGCAUGCAAGCGGUCGGCGCAGCAGCGGGGAAAGUUGUUGUACGAAGGUUGGGUUGAAAGGCUUGUCUCGAAUCAAUAAGGCACAAAAGCAGCUCCUACCAUAUCCUCAGCGAAGUAUAUAAUUGGAAUCUUUCCUAUACUCUUCCUAACUUCCAGCUCACGUACUUAGCUCACACACUUACAAAUGUUUCGGCUAUAAUUGGAACAGCUCGUGGCCCACAUGCGUUGGGCUUGUCUAUCGUCUAAAAUCUAACUAAAAUUCUCAAAACUGACUGAACUAUUCGUAACUACUGAAAAAACCGUUAAAAACAAAUACAUAUGUACAUACAAGAGAGUGUACAUAUAGGUCUGUGUAUUUAUCAGAUAACUGUUAAACCUUAGUACUAGAUAUUAGCUCCAAAAAUACAACCCGAGCCAUUGGUAGAUUGGCGAAAAGCUUUAACAAGUCACUUGAAAACUUUCAAGCUUUAAUAUUACAAAUACUGUUUAUAACAUUUUUUCGUCAUUAAUAUUUCAUUAUUGAUCAAUAUUAUUAGUGUAGCACACAUGUGCAUACAUAUGUAUGUAAGUGUGCAACUAUUUACUAUUUAUAAGUAUAUAUAUGUAUGGAAUUAUUUAUUGUAUUUAUGUAAAUAUGUUUGUCUAGAUUUAAGCACAGCUGACAACAAAUUAUAUUAAGCAAUCGAAGGAAGUAACAACAACAAUAUAAUCAUAGAAUAAUUGAUUACUAUCAUUACUUCUCCAUGUAUCCAAAAAGAAACACAUGCAAGCACUUGCUUAGGAUAGGUACUUAGAAUUUUAGGGAGCUUACAGCGUAGGCUUUCGAAUUGCAUUUCUUUGUGGAAUCCAAUAUAGAUACAUAUAUAGUGAUUAGUUUUUUUAUUAUGUACUUAAUAGUAAAUAUGUCCUUAGAUAUGUAUUUGUAAGUUUUAUAUUCGUACCUACAUGACUAAUAUCAUACAUAUGUAUAUCUAUAUAACAUGAUAUAAAUAUAUUUUGUAAGAGUGUUAAUGCUCCAAAGGGAAAUCAGCUUGCAGGUGACAACGUCAGUGCCAGGUUGAAGAGCUUAAACAAAUAUAAAAACUUCUAUGACAUAAAUAUUAAAGUGCUCGAUAUUUCCCAGAUUUAAUUUUUCUUUCCAAAAGCCCACUGAAGUUUCAGGUUUUGCUAUAAAAGUGAGGAUCAAAGCAAACAAGCUCUUUAUUUUUGAUUUAAAACGUGCCUCAAUUAUAUUUCUUUCCGGAGUACAAAACAUUUUCUGCAUAACUUUAACUGCGUAUAAUGUUUAAGGGACUAUAUACAGUUAGGAGACUGGAAAAAACGAUUUUUUUUCUGAGAAAACUUUUAAAUUUGUUGAUAUUAAAAUUUGUGCAUAUAUUAUGGUGUCUUUUAACUGUAUUUUAAGACUUAUUAUUAGUAAAAAUAUUUAUUUGGUAAGGAAUUACAGCUGAUCUCCGGGAGCUCCUCACAAAAAAGUCGUUUUACGGUGACCACUUUAUCUCUGAACUGGAUCCUCUGCAAUUAAAAAACCAAACAGAUUUCGUCAAAGUAAUGUUAAAUCUGUAAAGCAAAACGAAGGCAUAAACAAAUUAAAGUUUUUGACGGUUUCUUAAAAAAAAAAUCAAGUUUUGACCAAAAUUUCGGCUUAAAUUAUUUAUAAAAAAGGUAUUUAUCGGUGAGAAGAAAAUCUUCGGUAAAUUGCUAAAAAAUAUAUCUAAGAAGCUCGUGUUGAAAUUUGAGACUAAUCGGUUAUGCCGUUUUUGAGUAGUGCUGAUCACCAUUUUGAGAAAAACGCGUUGAAAGUUUGGUCUUGUACUACCAAGCACUCUGAAACACCUUUUCAAAUUUGCGUGUAACUUCGAAAAUAUUCACCCGAACAAUAUGAAUUUGUAUUUUAAAUCUAUGUAUACUAAGAAAAUAGAAUAAAUCGAUUUUUUGAAAUCCUAACUGUACAUAAACCCAUAAGGCAAUCUUUGUAUGAAAAAAAUGUACAAACAAUGUCGUAGAGCGGAAAAUUCUCUAUUCGAACAUUUUCUCACAAUGGUUGAUUUAUUUACGUUGAAGAUAAUAAAUUUAAAAAUCCCAUAAUCUUUACAAGAAAAAACUAAUAAAAUUGAGUUACGUUUUAAAUUGAAAAUAAAAAUCUUGUUUACGUUGGAUCUUCAUUUUUAGAGCAGAAACUAGUUCUGGGGACAUUUGCAAAAAAUAAAUAAACUUGGGUAAUAACGGACACCCUAAUAGACAAACAUACAUACUGCUAUGAGCAAAAACUAGUAAGACUUUGUUCAUAAUUUCAAAAUUCUUAAUUUAUUCUUCUAAAUAUAUUGUAGUGCAAGAACCAAUAGCUCUCGGCCCUUAAUUCCGGCCUCGUUUCGAAAAAAUUGAGUGAUUUUGGAACCAAUCGUGCUUUCACUUUUCUUAGGUCCAAAAGAUCUUUUAUAAUGGUUUUCACCGAACCUUCCGAUAUUUCAAAGAUGCCAGUAAGAUCUGUGACUGCUAAUUGUCGAUUUUCAAAGACCAAAUUUAUUUCAUUUUAUUGACGUGUUGACCAUCAGUUCAUGUUGAUGGUGAAAAACGCCAAAUUGAUUUUAUGUACUUCAAAAAGACAAGUGUAUACCAAACACUAAUGAUUAUUUUGAUGUGACAUUUGGCGCAGAUGUCACUGACAGUUAUAAAUAAAUAUUUCGACGAAUGGGUUUUCGAGCGAAAUUUAAAUUAGCAAGUCUUACUAUUUUUUGCCCACAAUAGUAUAUUAAAACAGAGUCCCAAAUUGGCAUGUUUUUUUUAAUAAAAUUGUCUUUUCAAAUACAUUGUUUAUAAUUUUCCAAAAAAAUAAUUUACAAAAAUACUUUUCCGCAAUUUUUAUUUUAAUUUAUUUUUUAAAUUUGUAGGUAUUUAAGAAGUGAUAUUUUUUUUGUAAAUAAACAGUGUAACAUACUUGAAUUUUGUGGAAAUGAAGGAUUGUGACUCAAUCUGUAGAGAUUUUCAAUAUAAAUUAACUAAAUAAAAAAAAAUGAUAAAAAUUAACUUAAAAUUAUGUAGAAAUGUAAGAAAUUGUAUAAAAAUUAUGCAUAUUUACUAAAAUUAAAUAAUUAUAGCAUGUACUCAUAGAGGAAUUUAAGGGCAGGUCAGGGCUCCAAAGGCAGGCCAAAAUCAAAGCUCAAGAAUAAAUCAUAAAUCAUUGCAAUUUAAACACAUUUAGCUAAUCGUCUAUAAACACUACACACACAUCAGCAUUCACACGCUAAUACUUAGAAAUUUAGUAAUAGAUCGAAGCUAGCGUCUAGUCCACUGAAUUAUUUGAAGUUUGAAAUGUUAAAAGCCAAAUAGGACCCUGACCCGACAACCGAUGCGUAUAACAUUUAUAUGUAUGUAUGUAUAUUUGUAGUAUUUAUACCUACUCGUACUAGCAAACUAAUCAUGACCUAAACAAUAUCUACAAGCAUAGAUACAUUUAUAAUAUAUACAUAUAUUUAUAUACAUAUGUUUACACCUACUGAAACUGAAUGAAGAAAUAUGGUAUAAGCUUUACUCUCCCCUAUCAAAUAAAUAUCUAAAUGUAAGCAACAAGAUUUUAUGCACAUACCUACAUACAUUUAUAUGUACUUAUGUACAUAUAUACAUACUUCACAGUGUUUAAGGAAUAUUUACGAGAAAUGUUCAAAAACCAAACCAACUAAAUAUCACAGUGCAACCGAAGGAUUUGAUUUUUCAUAAAAACAAAGGAAAGAAUAUAAAUAUGUAUAUUUAAGAAUGCAUAUAGAAAUAUAAAUUCAUGAAUUGAAUGACUACCUAUAGAGCCAUACACACGCAAGUAUUUUGAUUGGAAAAUAGAAAAUUUGAAAGAAGCACCUCUUAAUAUUAAUAUUAAGAGCCCAUCUUUUGAGUGACUUUUUUCACAUUUUUGAAAGUUUUUAGCCUGUUUUUCAGUUGAAAAAAAAUGUUGCCUCAGAAUGACACACCCUAAUGUAUAUACAACCAGUAAUAGUCAACUCGAAGGCAUUUCCCAAAACAAUAACAACUCUGAUCUGAUAAACUUAUUUCUUACUAACUGUUCUCUCAUUGGAACUGUUCAGAAUUUAAGUCUUUUCCAUUACAAAGUAGAAAUAUUUUAAUUAUUAUUUUCUUCGAACAAGUCUAGAUUUUCUUCGAAAAAGUCAUAGGUGUACUUUUUACUGAUGCAAAAGUUCCAAAAACAAUAAUAGAACCUAAAACAACUCAACAGAUAAAUGAAUUUGAGGUUUCAGUAAAAAUUAAAUGUUAACUAAAGAGUUAAUAAAAACGAAUUUUUAAUAGAAACACAAAAAAGUUUAGAUAAAACAAUAAAAAUAAUAUGUUGAAUUAUAAUGAAUUAACUUUUUUCAUUUGGCAGAUGCUCAAGCCAUAGGUCCAUUGCACUUUGUAUUUGAUAACGGCAAAGAGAAAGUUGUUCUUGUUUUUGUGCUCACCACAUUAUUUUGAUGUGAAGAAAUAUUAUUUGCAAGGGUUUUUGAUUUUAUAUAUAUAUUUAUUUUUUUUAAUGUUUAUUUAUUUUUUAUUACAUAUAUUUAUUUUCGUUUUUUAUUAUAUUUAUUUAUUUUUUUUUUUAAUUUUAUUUUAAUUUUUUCUAUUUACAUAUUUUUAACUUUAUUCUAUUUAUUUAUUUAUAUUCUGUUUCAAUUUAAAUAACUGUUAUUUUUUUAUUUCUAAAAUUAAAAUUUCUUGCAGUUUUUCAAAUUUUUAAGGUUGAUUAUUUUUAGAAAAUGUUUGCAAAAGAAAAAAAUAAUUCCGUCUAUUGUUUAUUCAA